AUGACAAGCGGCGGCGGCUCCACCGCCAGCGCAGGGGCAGAGUCGACGGCAAACGAGACCACACGCAACUUUAUUCUUGGCUUCCCGAAGGAGGGCCCGGCGCCGGGGAGCGCUGACGCCGCCUCCCUGCAGGAAGCAGAGGUCUUCCUGGGGGAGAUUCAACAGGAGAUUAUGGCGUAUGACUUGGCCAACGCACGGGCUAUGGAGACCUACGCGCGUAGCUGUUGGGAAAAGAUCCCCUUCUUUGGCAAGCGGUGGGCGGUUGCGGCUGCCUCCGAUGUGGAGGGAUGUAGCAAGCCUCUCGAUAGUCACGGUAACGCACACGGUGAUACCGCCACUGUCGCAGCUGCGACGCACACCAUGCAGGGGAAGUACCGCGUGGAGCGGACCUCGGCGGAUGCGGUGGGUGGGGCCACGCGGACUCCACAACCAAAAAUGAACAGCUGGCUCUUCAAGCAGCGUCACCCCGGGUGGGUGCCGCUCAUUCAACGCUGGUGGGUCCCUUGCGUUUGUGUGGCGGGCCUUGUUGUCAUCUGGACACCCGAUGUGUGGAAGCUACGGACGUUGUAUUGGUGCGAUCACAAGUACGCCUUGUUGCGGCAGAGCGUGCACAGGGCGUACUGGCGUGCAACGAUGUGUGCAGCGGACUACGAGCAGCUGAUGCAGGAAUUGGGGCAGAGCCAGCCACGGUCGGUGAAAGCCACCAAAUGCCCGCUGUAA